AUGUAUCAUUAUGUUUGGACCCACCCUGAGCUCGAGUUUCUCGAAUUACUCUACAAAUCACCGUAUACGCGACACUUAUCCAGCACCGAGCUUCAUAACAUAUUUAUGACCGAACAAGCACGCCAUCUACCUGGCGGCGAUCUUCAUUCUUCGGAACGCUGGCCCCGAAGAUCGAUAACAGUUAGACACUUUUGGACAAGAUAUCGCGAAUGUUGUGCAAGAGUAGAUAGAAUGGCUGCGCCAUUGCAAAGGCUAGAUUUGGAAUUGCAGGCACGGAUGCAAGUGCGGGCGCCCGUCCAAGCUCCACAGGGGCAACAGCAAGUGCUAUCCCAAGCUCCACCAAAACUACAGCAAGUGCCCGUACAAGCUUUACCACGACCACAGCAAGUGCCCGUCCUAGCUCCAAUGCAAGCACCCAUCUACCGAGCCCCAAGACCACCAAUUCCUCCAGGCACCAUCCGUCUCCCAGCAGGCACCAUCUGUAUUCCCGGCAGCACCACCCGUUUCCCACACCACACUUUCCUCCCCCCAGACCAGCGCAUCCUCCUACCCAACGGACUGAUCCUAGCCAGAAUCCCCACAGAAACUCCGCACCACUCCCCAAAUCCGGAGUCUCAAGCUCUACAACGCGACGCCGCCUUCGCCCUCACUCGCGCUCAUCUUCAAGCUCCGCGAAGAUUCGCCAACAACCACCUUCCGCUUCCGCGUAUCCGUCAAGUCCUCGGAAGAGAGUUGCAGGGAAGAGCUCAUCUGAAUGCUACUGCAAUUACUCGUGCUGCUGCUUCACAAUCUCUCCAGUAUAGACAACGAUCUGCUGCUCCCAGACCAUCAGUUCCUUUCCCUCUGCGCACCGCUGCGAUUUCUCAUCGCGCUGCAGUACGAGCUCCCCGGCAAAGACAGCGAUCUGCAGCUCCCGAGCCCUCGUCCCGACUCUCCGCCCCUGGAUCCCGCGAGCAACCCAUCAAUCUCGUCGAUGAUGAAGAUUCCUCUCCCACUGCAGACAAAAGCCCCGCUUCCGAUUCUCGGGAUCAAACCCCACUUUUUGCUCGCGCGUUCCAAGCCCUCACAGUCGAUGUUCCCGAGAAUGAGAAUUCCUCUCCUACUUCUGUCGUUCGACUCGCAAAUGGGAGGAAUUCUCUUCCUUCUUCUCCUAUUGUUCCGACUGGUCCGAUGGCGUUGGGGAGGAUCUUGAAUUGA